CCCAGCGCCCAUGGUACUCAGCUACCGAAGCUUGUGCCUGCUCCUCCUGCGGCUCGGCUUCGGCGGUGUCAGCUCGUCGUGUUCCGCUCUCGGAUAUCAUCCGCUCCAGAGCCAAAUGGCCCCGCCGCUCAAGACGCGCAUCACAAACCGGGGCCACCUGUUUGAAGGGGAGGCCGUGGAGCUGGAGUGCGUCAGUUCAGGCUCCCGGCCGCCGGCGGAGGUCUAUUGGCGCCUGGAUGGUCAGCUCAUCGCAGACGCCUACAUCUUCGUGUCCCCGGACGAGAACUCGACAACCUCGGCGGUGAGCUUUACGCCGCGGAGGGAACACGAUGGCAAGCUGCUCACAUGCGACGCCUCCAACCCGCUGCUCGAGAACAGCUCUCUUCAAGAUGAGUGGCUCCUGAAUGUUUACUAUAAACCGGACGUGACCCUGCGGGUUCUUUCCUCGUGCGGCAGCAAGUUGAACCCGUACGCUGUGCACCUACGGUGCGAAGCCUGGGCUAAUCCUCGCGUCACUCGGUUCACCUGGAAGCUGAACGGCACCACGGUGGACUUCCAGCGACCCUCGAGGGACAACGAGCAGUCAAGGCGCCUGGCGCGGGCUGGACUCAGGACCAACCUGACGGGCUCCUUCCAAUGCACGGCCGAAAACAGCGAGGGGUUGGCCAACAGCGACACACUGCUUUUGCCUAGAUGUUCCAAAACAGCGCACAUCUCUUCCGCCCCGGUUGUCGUCUAUUUAGUUAUAUGCGUUAUAAUAGUGUCGUAGUGCAAACAUCCAUAGUGCUACCUAACAUAUAGUUAAGUGGACAGUAUACAAAUUGCAGCAAAUUGCAUGUGUUGUAAAAAUAAUAUUUUUGUUCUAUAUUACCCUCGAUACAACAUUAAUAGAAUAUGUAAAUGUCAAUCUGCCGCAUUUUAAAUAUGACAAUAUUGGCGAGUAUAUUAGCAAAUGUUCGCACAAGUCUGUGCUGAUUUGUGCAAAGCUUUAUUCAUUCAGAGGG